CGCGCGGCACAACGAGCUCGGGACGGAGCCGCGGGGCCGCGGCGAGCUCGGGUCGAGGCGGGGCCGCGCCCGGGCCGCACGGCGAGCGCGUGGGGAUGAGCGCGGCGAGCUACGAGCGAGGCGGGAAAGGCCGGCACGGCGAGGGGAUAGCAGUGCCGCCCAAGGACCAGUUCACCGCGGAGCCGACGACCCUGGAGGUGACCGUGCUGUCAGCGGAGGAGGUCGUCCUCAGGGAGCUCCUGCGCUGCCCGCUGGACCGCGGCGCCUACGCCGUGGUGCACGUGGAAAGGCCGGACGGGGGGUUGUAUACGGACAAGCCAGCCCCGCGCACCGGAAUCAACGAUGAGGACGGCGACUGCAACGGGUACCCCUACUGGGGCGAGGCGGUGCGGGUCACGCUCCCCGCGGGCGUGCCGGUCAUCCACGUGGUGAUCUGCCGCCAGAGCGGCGACGGCUCGACGGACUCCGUGGCCGCGGCGAGGGUGCCCGUCGCCGACUUCAGCGUCGGCCCGCCGGGCCACCUGCAUUGCCUCAGCUAUCGGCUAUUAGACACCGGGUCGGUGACGAAGAGACGCAACGGCAUCGUCAACAUCACUGUCAAGAGGCUCGACGGCGCGCAGGCCAGAGGGAAAGGCGGGAAAGCCGUGGAGGAGGCCGCGAGUGGCACUGGUGAUUCCUGCUGUGGUGGUGUCGCCGAGGAGGGGAAGGUGUCCGCCGCGGCGACGAGGGCGGCACCGGCCGGUGCGGUGAUAGGCUAUCCCGUCGAGUUCUCCGCUGCUGGACAGGCUAAUGGAAAGGGCUCCGUAUAGAGUGGCAUUACAUUCUUCUUGAUCAUGCCAUAUGUACAAAUCAUGCUGAAAUUGUGCUACUAGUCAUCAGGAUGUUAAUUAGGUUAAAUCCGAGCAGUAUGUAUUGGUCAAAAAAUGGUUUUAUAUAUUGUUCGAAAAUCCUAUUUUCCACC